ACUUCGUUAAUCUUGUCUGACUGCUUCGCAGCGGUAACAACUUAACUAUUCGCAGCAUAAACACAAUUUAAUGGAUUUAUAAAUGAAAACAACAUUUACUUCUGCCAUUUUGACGAGAGAAUAUGUUGCGCGUGCAAAGAGUGCUGCUUAACUCCCGACCUGGGACUAAUGGAGAGCCAUUCCCUGGUCAUUUCCGCAUGGAAGAGACGACUGUACAACCUGAUUUGAAAGAAGGACAAGUCCUUGUCCGGACCCUCUUCCUGUCUGUUGACCCUUACAUGCGAUGUCGCAUGAACGACGACACAGGUGCUGAGUACCUGGCUCCAUGGGGGCUGUCGGAGUGUGUGGACGGUGGAGGCGUCGGGGUGGUGGAGUCCAGCCGCUACGAUGCCCUCUCUGUGGGUGACAUGGUCACCUCGUUCAACUGGCACUGGCAGACACAUGGUGUGAUGGAUGGAAAGCUCUUACAGAAGGUUGAUCCACAGCUGGUUGAUGGACACAUAUCCUACUUUCUGGGUACAGUUGGCAUGCCUGGCCUCACAGCCCUAUUGGGUGUCAGAGAGAAGGGUCACGUGACCAAAGGAGCCAAUCAGACCAUGGUGGUCAGUGGAGCUGCAGGGGCUUGUGGGUCCAUAGCUGGGCAGAUUGGCCGUGUGGAUGGUUGUACCAGGGUGGUGGGGAUCUGUGGGUCUGAUGAGAAGUGCAGAGCCCUUGUGGAGGACCUGGGGUUUUCUGCAGCAGUCAACUACCGGCAGGGGGACAUAGCCACAGCACUGAAGGAGAGUUGUCCUAAUGGAGUGGAUGUCUACUUUGACAAUGUGGGAGGGCCCAUAAGCGAUGCUGUAAUAGCACAGAUGAACAAUGGUGGUCACGUGAUCCUCUGUGGACAGAUCUCCCAGUACAACAAGGAUGUGCCCUACCCACCGCCCCUCUGUGAUGAGACUCAGGAGGCACUGCAAAGCAAAAACAUCACCAGGGAGCGGUUCAUGGUGCUGAACUACAUGGAGAAACAUGAAGCCGGCAUCAUGCAGCUCAGUCAGUGGGUCAAAGAGGGGCAGAUCAAGGUGUUGGAGACAGUAGUAAAUGGCAUUGAGAAUAUGGGAGUGGCCUUUUGCUCCAUGAUGAAAGGAGGAAACAUUGGUAAACAGAUCAUUAAAAUAUCAGAUUGAUUCAAAUCCCUGGUGGCACCAUCCGAAGCUACUGGAAUCACAAGAAGCCUUUUUUUUAUUACACGUAUUACUUCUUCCUGCCUUUGAUUUCUACACUGACAAGAACUGGAUGGACUGAAUAAAUAUUGUUUGUAGUUACAACACUGUACUGCAUGUUUCUUUACUUGUAACUUUUGUAAAAUACUUAAAACCGAUGAUCCAUGACAAUCUGAUUAUCAACAUGCCAAAUAGCAAAGAAUUCAAGUUUGUGAGAGAUGUUUAAACUGAACAUAGAAAGCGUGGUUCCAUUUUAAUAAACAAUUUAUUUCACAGCACUAUAAACCAUUAAUAAAAUCUAAACUAUC